CCCUGCUGCUAAUCAAAAAAAAAAUAAGGCCUGCCAAAUAAGAAAUAUACAACAAGCACGCAGAAAUACAUAAAAUAACAAUCCGAGCAAACCGAUCAGGCCUCGAUAAUGUAGUCAUGAACGACCACAAUCAGUUCGGUUAUUGUUUUGUAGACAGCAUCAAGUAUAUUUUAUAAAUUUCACGUGCUAAAUUCAGAAGAAAUCCUACCACAAUAGCAACACGAACCGACCAUUUGACCACUGCGGGUCAGGACCUGGUAAUCCAAUCCCCAUUGCAAUGUCCAAGAGAGGCGCCAGUCUAAUGGCCUACAUGACGGCGGAGGAGCACCUGCUGGAUUGCUACUCGCCGCUGGAAGGCGACGAAGAGGUGGAAUCGGAGGCGAUUCAAGCUCCAGUCGCCGGAACGGGCGUGGCUGAAUAUGAGGAUGACAUGGCGGAUACGAUUGAAUCCUGUGCAGAACCCCCAGAAGUGGUGCCUUGUCUGGACCCGGCCGUAGACAGCAUGCUUCAUGUGAUAUCCGAUGAUUCGGACAUCCACAGCCUCAUUUCGAGUGGAAGCGGCUUCAAGGGCUGGCCGGAUGAGAGCCCGGAAAGCACUACAUUUGUCAACGAUCGCGAUCGCUAUGUCUACGGAGUGUGCCGCCGCAUGGUGACAGCCGAGGAAUUGACCGCUCCAGCUCCUACAUGGGCCAGCUGCACGCCUGCCAAGCGUCCGUGCAGCCGGCAGGAGGUCAUCGAGAUUCAUGACUCUCCUGAAUCAGCACAGGAUCCUUCUAUUGCUCUAAUGCAGGCAGUGGCCAACAGUCCCGGAAUCCUGUUGACCAACGGUAACAUCGAUCAGUUCGCCAUGGUGCAACAUGAAGAUGACGAGGAACAUGAACUCCAAAUGGAAGAAGAGGGAGAAGAGUGUGUUAUUUACGAGGCCGUAGAUGGAGAAAACAUGGUUGUUUUGGGAGAGGAGCACUGCUGCGAGAUAAUUGUAGCCACCCAAGGAGUAGCCUGCCAGCAGGAGUUCGCCAGGGCCAUUCUAAUGUCCGAAAACGGCACCGGUGCUUUUCUGGGCCUGCUGCCCGAGGAAGGUGGUCAAAAUGAGUGCCUCAAUGGCACUGCCUAUAUUGAGGAGGUGGUGCAGGAUUUGGGCGAGGACGAGGCUCGUGUUGCGGCUGGAAACAACGUAUACCUCAGUGAUGCAGCGCUGGAGCAGCCACUAGUGCAUCAGGAACUGGUCGAAGAUGAAGCGAACGAGGAGAACGAGAACGCUACAUUUUUAGACGACACUCCGAUGGAGGAGGAGCGUCCGGAUAUUUGUCAGGUGUACGAACACGAAUUAGAGGACCAUGACGAUGAAGAAGACGAGGAAGGCAUCAUGCAGCGGACGUCGGUUGGUAUUCGCGAACUUGAAGAGCAGGGCCCGCCGCAAAAUAACUUGCACAGGAAGUUGCCCCGCGAACACAGCAGUCCGACAGAGUUCCCAGUUAGUUCCUCUUCGAUGCCCAACGCCAGCUACAAUUACGACUUUGAAGACGAGCUGAUGGGCGGCCGUUCUCCGUCCAAAGUGGCGCCACUAAAACGCAAGUAUCCGCCACUGAUGAAGAACACGCUCCAUGGAGAGGCUAUGGAUCGAAGGUUGGCCAGCAUCUGCCAGGCUCAGCCGCAGAUGUCUCCCGCUGAGAAGGUUUCCAGCUGGAACACGGCGGCCAGCGAGGAGUGUGCGGCUGUCGAGGAUGUGGAGAGCUUUGAGGCCGCCUUUGACCAGCACGAGGCUACCAAGGCGCCGCUCAAGCAGCACAGCUUCCUGGAGUUUCGCGAAACACUGGCCCGCAAUUUGGGGAAGAUUACGCGUGACAUAAUGCAGACCUCAGAUGAAUCGACCCAAGAACUAGCCAGUUCCCAGUCGGCAGAGCGUCCGGUGCACCGUCGCUGCCUGCACAUUAUGCCACCCGAGGAAACCAUUGUCCUGGACGAUGAGGACGACGAUUGUUACGAGGUGGUGGGCAUGGACAACGCCUCCGUCACUACGUUGAUUCCCGAGGAAGAGCUGCAAGUGGAACAGCAGCCCGAAGAAGAGGAGGUGGUACCUAACGACGCCUCUGAUGUUAAGACCACUGAAACACAAAUCUCAGAGCUGCGGCAGCUUACGAAGAAAACCUCCACCACGGACUUGGAUAGCAGCGCGGCUGCUCUAACGGCUGGGUCCUCUGCAGCAGUCAAUUUACUGGCAUCAGUUUCCGAUGCCCAGCCUGCGGUUGCUUCGCAAGUAGUUGGCGAUUUUAUGCAGCCGAUGUCGAGCGAAGUUAAGCGCUCGGAUGGUCGUCAGCUGGCUAAUGCUGUAUACGAUGCAAUGUGUCAGGAGGUCAAGAUGCAACAGCAGAUGUUUAUGGAGCACAAGAAGCAAAAGCAACAGAUGUAUCACUACCAGGAAAUGCCACAACCGCCACAAGAGAUGCCUAUGCAAAUGGCCAACGACAGCAUGCUGUACGAGCAGCAGGAGUUCUGCAACUAUUUGGGACUCACCGAACUGGCCACAGCCAAUGCGGUCGCUACGGCGAUGCGGGAACUGGCCAACAGCACGGUGGCACGUCGAUCUCUACGGGUGCGACCCCAAGAUCAGUUGGACAGAAUGCGUAGCAAUGUGCGCGGAAAGAGGCGGGAGAGGGAACGAGAGCGGCUGCAGGAUAAGGACAAAAAGAUGCCUUUAACCACCAGCAGUGAGCUGAGCACUGAUAAAGACGAAACUUCCCUUCCUCAGGCAACUAAUUCUGUUCCGGGAGCAGUGGAUACAGAGCUUAAUUUCAUCCAUAAUUUGCCUGCUAUGCGUUCAGAAGAGCAGAGCCAACCGAAGCGCCUGCUCGACUCCUACUUCCGUGAAGAGGAAGCUGGCUCGUCAAUCAAAAUGCCCAAAGAGGUAGAGCGAGCUGGAUUUCCCAAAGAACAACGGACACACAGGUCUUCAAAGGAGCGCGAGAGGUGCAAAUCACCCGAGGAAGAGGAGUCCCAGCGUUGCCGAUCCCCUAAAGAAACCGAAAAGGCGGGCAAGGAGCAGGAGAUGCCGGUGGAAGACCGGGUUCAGUCCGUUAAGGCAGCUUUUGCCAAGAUUUACGAGGCAGCCGCUCCUGCACAAUCGAAGCUGUUGGAGAGCAUGCAGCAGCGCUUGCGCCAGGCGCGCGAAACCAAGCCAUCAAUCUACAUCAUCAAGGCUACCAACAACGCCUCGCCGCCAACUGCGAUGCCACCCCGACAGGAGAAUCGUAUACCAACGAUGCCUCACCUGGGAGAGGGAUUUGGUGACGUGAGUGCCCCGCAUCCAUCUGCAGUGAUUCCUCGACCUGUGAAGACGAGUCCCCCAAAGGCCACUCCAGAUAAAAGUGCUUCAUCCCCAGUCCAUCUGCCAGUUAAAAGUGCUUCAUCCCCAGUUACUGCAGCUCAGGCGCCAAAGACACCAAAACACAGAAGGACCCAUGGGGUUAUCAAACCAGUAUCUGCCACCCAACGCCGUCGCACUACCGUGGGUGCUCCCAGCUCAGUGAAGCACGCACGAGUCCGGGAUCUGGUCACCCGCUCCACCACGCAUCUCAACUCGAAGCUGCUGAGGAACCGCAAGGUUAGUCUGCUCAAGAGCUACGCCCUCUCAGACAAAAUGGCCCAAGGAAGAGCCAAGCGGCUGAGUGGCGGCACAGCACAGAGCUCCAACAAGGCCCAUUUGCCCAAGACUGUGCGGGCGAAGCUAAAAAGACCCGACCAGGCAGACAAGAGUCUUCCCCUGCAGCAUCGCCUGCAGCAGCAGCAAGUGGCACCGCCCAACACGCCCCGCAAGGUGAAGGGCGUCAAGGAGAAUGCCGCAGCCACAAGUGCAACGAAGGCCACAGGUCGCCUCUCCAAACGCACCAAAAGGCUUCGCGCCAAUUCGCUGCCCGUUAAUCUUCAGACAAUGCCCGAUCACUCUACUGCAGUCGUUCCUAGUAACACUGCCUUGAGGAUCACAGAGUUGCCUCAGGAUCCUAUUGUGAAUCCCCACAAGCAACUAAGUAAUCCCACUGUUGUCGAGGCAACAGACCAAGCUCAACUCCAUUCCCCUUGCCCCGCUCAAAUGCCUUAUGUCCAGCCCGUGCUGAUUUACCCGCCUUCUCCGACAUCACCGCCAUUGAAUUCGAAGUCGCCGGAGCCACGUCGCCUGCGCCAGGAAGCGGGAAAUGCCAACCCAGUGUUGUCUACUCCUCCUGGUGGCCUUCUACGACUCAGCGAGGGACACUCGACGCUGGCGAAUCCGCUUUCCCCGAAGCACGGCCAGGUUCUCUAUAUGUACUACGAGCUGGAACAGCUUAUUGUGCUGCAAGAGAACUGCGUCACCUUUUGGAAGUACUCGAAGGUGUUCAACGUGCUGCACCAACCGCGGCAGCAACCUUUCUUCGAGGGGAUUAGGAAAUCACCAGCACCACAGCACCAGUAUCAUCGUAAUUCUGGGGACACUGAGAAUCAGCUGGAAAGUGGUCCCCGUUGGGUGUACUUGGGCAGAGUGCGUCGCCCUACAAAUGAAAAGGAGAUCUUCACGCCAUUUGGCAGCCGCAUUUGCGUGCACAACUCAACGCCCGUUUACCUUGAAAUGCGCAGCAGGCCACUGGAUCAUCAUAAGCGGGAAGUGAAGCUUACGUCGCUGCAUGUUAAUGUGUAUUACUUUUGCGAGGAGGAAUUGAGGCCACGUAUGCACUCUGUCCACUUGGAUGCAGUCAGCUGUGAGUGGCCGCAUGUCAUAUAUACAACUAUCGCGGAGUCUCGCUACUUUGUAAUGGCUUGGCAGCAGGAACUGGUGAUGGGCAAGCCACGCUCGGGUAUCUGCAAGUACUCGCUGACACCCACGCUAGACACCCUUGCCUCCAUUCGGGAGUUCAAGCAGCUGCGCCACGAGCUGCGCCACAUCGAGUGCCUUUCGGAGGACCGGCUAAUCGGUUAUGGACAGACACGGAUCACGGUGUGGGAUCAUCGCAGCGGCGACACCCUGAUGAACUACGAUUUGGGUCGUCCCUUGGGUCGCUGCCUAGCCGCCAUGCACUAUCCCAGCCUCGACAUGGACCAGAGCAGUAUGCUGGUGCUCUACCAGCACCUCAAGGAGCCCAACAGGCCCGCUGAGGUGCAUAUUAUCGCAUGCGAACUGUCGCACGCGACACCCUCGCACCGACUGCUGCAGGUUCACCGCCUGCCAUCGCCGCAAUUCGACGACGCCACGGAGGGCGUUAAUACCGGGGAUCAUCUGAUCAUCAAGACGGCAACAAAUGACGAGGUCUGGAUAAGUGCCGCCGAUCCGCGACAGCUCACUUAUUUGGCGCCGCAAAACAAUGGAUCGCAGCGGUUCUACGCACGCCACAAAUCCCAGGUGAUCGAGAUGUCGGCGCAACAUUUGACGGUCGACAGCAUCGCCAAUCAUAUGUUGAAAUUGGCCGUCCAGCAGCAACACUUGGCGUAGACAUAUGUACCAGUGAACUUGAAAAGUCUGGACCCAGUAUCAUAUUUUUGUUUUCUCUUCACAAUUCUUGUUAAAAAAUCACCCACAAGACACAAUACGAAUAACGCCUUUAAUGUAAUAUGUAAGAUCCCUUUAUAUGCUUCUGGCUGUCAGCCCAAAACAUGUAGUUCAAAUAUAAACAAAACUAUAUUAA